GGCACCACUGUCGUAGGGAGGGAAACAAGAAAAGAAGACAAAUCUAUGGAGGUUUCUGUUUUCGAUCAUAGAAUUGCGAUUUACUUUGCUCAAUUUCUCUCUACCGUGCGUAGUGAAGCGUGAAAAUGGAGGACGGAGAGAUCAUCGAGGAAGAGGUCGACCUCGACUUCGGCUACGUGCCUCUUCAGCGUCCCGCAGAGCUGAUCGACCCUGGUCCGAGAGCGGCGGUGCAGCCGCAGGACGAGAGCGAGCCCGAGUCGAGUUCCGAGGAGAGCGACUCGGACGCCGACAGCGACAACCAGCACCGCCAGCCGAAGAAGCGCAAAGUGAAGCCGGUCAAGCCGCGGCCUCCGCCGCAGGCCACGGUCAAAACCAAGAAGUACGACAUCUGGUGCUCGGGUCUGCAGGAGGAGGUGCUGACCAGAGGACUGAACAGCUGUGAUGUGGCCCAGCGGCCCGGCAAGGACAGAAGCGUCGAGUCGUACGACUACCUGUCCCACAGGGUCGGUCGCUCCGCCAGCCCUGAGGAGGAGUUGGCCGAGGAAGUGCCCAGGAGGAGAAGUCCCAAGUUUCCCUUUAGCAAUAAGAGGAGCUACGCCGACAGCAAAGUUGGCGGCGUCAAGAGUAGGCUAGGUUGGCACCCAAAGCAGGGCCCUCCGAUGGACAGGAGGGGCACCAAGAGGGUCUUGGAAGACCUGCAGGUGACUCAGGAGAGCACCGAUGAGGAUUUUGCCAGGGAUCUCACUGAAAAGCUGCACGAGGAGAAAGGAGAGCUCAUUUUGAAAAUUGUACAAGUGCUUGGAAAGGAGAAGUGUGCUCAAGUUUACAAACUGACCAAGAGUGUGGAGGAAAAUGGAGGAAUGCUGAUCAUGAACCAAACUCGUCGUCGUACCAGUGGCGGAGUUUUUCUCUUCCACGUCAGGAACACGUGUGACUCGGAGGAUUGUCUCCAGAUUUUUGACGAAAAUCGCAAAGAGCACGAAAAGGUGAAGCGGCUGCACAGAGCACAGAAGAGGAGAGAAGAGAAACUCGCCCUCCAGGCCCAAGAAUCAUCAGCCACUGUUCCUAUGGCCAUUACUGUCACAAAAGUUGAUGGCGCGGAAGUUGAAGAUGGUGAGUUGGAGGAGGGAGAGCUGGACAUGAAGACUGAACCCACAAGUGGCGAGGAGGAGGACCCGAGGGCCAACGUGCGCAACCCGCCUCCGUCGCCCGUGACCGACUGCCGUGCCGACAGCAGUCCCGAGGCUGCUCGUGCCAACAGCCCCGAAACAGCCAUUCCUCCCAAGUCAAACAACAAUGUGCCUGAACGUGUUCUCACUUUGUACGAAGACGAUUUGCUCGAUGUGCACGUGAACUACGAGGAAAUGGACGAUAUGGAGACCUUCUGAUUUUCUAAAAAUGCUUAACGAAUUUACCGUACCACGAAAUAUGUAUAUGAUUGUGCUAAAGUGGUAAGAUCAUGGCCAGCUGAAAACAAGUCGAGAUUAAGAAAGAAAAAUGUUUCAAAAAUUGAUUUUUGUGUUCGUCUGCUUAGAAACAGACAAUAAUGAUUCGGAUUUGAAUCCGGAAAUUUCUUAUUAACAGCUUUUGUUUUAAUGAAUCUAUGAUUGAAAAUGAUCCUCACCGAUUUGUUGAGCAACUUGGAAAAUAAAUAAAAAUUGAAAAAUUCA